AUGGCUAGAAGAAGCGAUCCAUUAGCUCACUCUUGGUCUGGUAAUAGCAUGGUCUUACCGCCGAUACCAAAUCAACAUCAUAGCGAAGCUCCAACUCCUUUACGCCAUCAUCGUAAUCAUGGGGUAGCCACAUCAAGUCAUGAUGCCAAUCAUAACGUAAAGUUAGUUCCAAAUCAUAUAGGACGUCUGCUAAGUGAACAACAUGGACGUAGCAGAACAUUAAGUAGUCCGAUGAUGUUUGAUCGCCAACGCGCCAAUUCAUUUACAGCAGCAGCCUCCAAUUCAAUUUUAGCUAUAAGCGAGAGUGAAAAAGCUAUGAAACAAUCCAAUUCUAUUGAUACUAUCGAUCAUAAGAAAAUGUUGAAAAAACUACAUCAUCGUUCGGUAACUAUGAUCUCCAUUAAUGGUAGUUUAGGUCAUGAUAAUGCAGGGGCAGUAUCAUUAACCGAUAAAGCACUAUUAAGCCCCAAGUUGUUACGUUCAGCACGUUAUUCCACACCGGCAGCUGUAUCCAAUAAUAUUGAAUCAGAAUCAAGUAGAGGUGGUUCAGAAAAUCCCAGUCGGCCUGUAUCCAUCGAUGAUUAUAAAACUCUAUUAGGAACAAUGGAUCAAGAAAGCAAUAAAUUGCAGUCACUAAAUGAUCCAGAUACACGAAAUCAUCAAUCACAUCAUGCUGAUCAAGGCACAAACGACGAAAAUGAUAAUUCAGCAUUAAUUGACGACGAUCAUUCCAAGAAACAACAAGGCAAUAGUGUGGACAAAAAUCGACGUAUUCGUCCAAGUCAAAAUAAUCCAACAGAAGUCGGCCAGCACCAAGCUGAUCAAGACUAUCGAGCUGUUAAUCGUGCAAAAUGUGAAAGCUGGCUGGAUGGCUUAAAGGAUAUUGAUUAUAGCAUGCCUACAGCAGACGUGAUUACCGAUUAUAACGAUUAA